CAGGAAGUGACGGCCCUUCCCGGGGACUUCUGGAGUCGGUGAAGUCCGCGACCGCACCCCUGCGGCCGCUGUGUUCCCAGGUCCUGGGUGAUGGAGAACGGAGCGGUCUACGGCCAGACCACGGAGGAGAACCCGGGCCCUGCCCGGGGCGCCCGGAGUGCCCUCGCCGCCUACUUCUUCCUGGGCCGGCUCAAGUGGCAUCGGCGCGUGCUCAAAAUCUUGCAGCUGGUGCUGUCUCUGCUGGCCUUCAUCUGUGAAGAAGUCGUGGCGCAAUGUACUUUGUGUGGAGGACUUUACUUUUUUGAAUUUGUGAGCUGCAGUGCCUCUCUUCUGAGUCUGCUCAUACUGAUCGUGUACUGCACUCCAGUUUAUGACAGAGUCGAUUCUGUAAAAGUCAAGGCAUCGGACUUCUAUAUUAUGUUGGGAACAGGAUGUGUGUUUUUAGUGGCGUCCAGCAUUUUUGUUGCCACACAUGACAGGACCUCAGCUGAAUAUGCAGCAACUGUGUUUGGAUUUCUUGCAAGUUUUAUGUUCCUGUUUGACUUUUGCACUAUGGUCUAUGAAAAGCGACAGGAGUCCCACCUGAGGAAACCUGAGGCUGCCCCCAGGGCCCUCACUCAACCACUUACUUCGUAAGGACUCUAGGGAGCAGGGGUUACAGAGGGUAGCGACUACGUGGUGCCUGAGCGCUGACAGAAACUCUUGUAAAAUUUGUGUAAUUGUUAAACCACUUCUUUUGAAGAGCAUGGGGAAGGGCAGGAAGGCAGUUUUAUCAAUUCUGGACUGUGUGCCAGCCCCCACAAAUUAGGCCAGAGGGUUUUUUAAUUUUUUUUUUUUAUAACAGUUGAACUUUUUUUUUUUGGAGGUGCAGAUGGUUGUUUCUUGAAAUCACAUAGCUCAACUGAUGAUAAGUUAUUCUGUCAUUGUUACUAAGCUUAGCUUUUAAAUUAUGCUUUAUGGCUGUAUAAACAGCAUGAUUAAGUUCAUACAUUUAGAAAUUGUUUCAUUUUAAAAUUAAUUUGCUUAGCUAUGAGUUUGUUUUUUGAUGAUUAGAUAAAAUUUAAUGUAUAUUUAAGAGAUCAAUAUUUAAAAUGUUGGUCUAGGUUUUUUUCCUUAAAAUAUAAUACCUAGGCUUUACUGUAUCUCACUCAGCCUUAAAAUUAUAUUGUAACGUUUUAG